AAAGAGAAGUCGUCUAUAUGCAGGCGGCCCAAUAGCACAGUCUUGGGUGUGUAACAACAACUAGUAUUACUCAGACUCGGAACAGAUCACUAACUUGGAUCCAUAAAUCUUCAGAGAUUCAAUAACCUAUUACACACACAUCACACCAGUGUGUGUUUUGUGAAACAACAAGAUGGACAAAGGUAAAGGAUCAGGACGCAGAUGGGCCGUUGAUUUCAUCGACAAUUCUACUAAUCCUUCUUCUCGUGAUAUCCCCGAUCCUCUCGGCUUCUCUCGUUCUUCUCACGAUCAGGAUGAUUCAACGUUGAGUAAGCAGAAGAAAGAUGCUGAAGCUAAUUGGAAGUCCCAGAAAGCAUGGGAAGUGGCACAAGCUCCUUCCAAGAAUUUGUUGAUGAUGGGCUUUAUGAUGUGGAUGGCUGGAAGCACAGUGCAUUUAUUCAGCAUCGGUAUCACGUUUUCUGCUCUUUGGCAGCCCAUAAGUGCGCUUCAAGGGGUUGGGAAAGUUUUCGAGCCUUACAAGGAUGGGAGAGUUGAUCUCCUUGGUCCCAAACUACUCUACAUUGCGCUUAAUUUGGCCGCUCUAGCACUUGGUGUCUGGAAACUCAAUACUCUGGGUCUUCUUCCAACCCAUGCAUCAGACUGGGUGUCAUCUUUACCUCCUGCCCAGGAAGUUGAAUAUUCUGGCGGUGGCCUGCCUUUGUACUAGGCGCUCGUAGUUUUUAUAUCCAUCAAGAAGAGUUUCUUGGAUGAUGGACGUGUCUUAAUGUCGGCGGCGGCGGCAUUGAAGCCAAUGACUGGGUUAUGUAUUUGAGCUUUAUAAGCAGCAGACUAAUAGUUUUAAGAACUUUACAGAACUGUAUGUGCUCAAGGAAGAUAGGUUAUUAACGUUUGGCAUGAUGACUACUUUAGCACAUUCCAGUCGUACUGAACUAUGUGGGCAAACAUUGAGACGCAGAAUUGAAAUAGUAAUGUUGUAUUUAAAUUAAAGAAAUGUUUUAUACUGGUAUUAAGCGUGAGAACUUAUUUUGCCAAUUAUCUUUUAUGAGAAAACUAUGGUUCUAGGUUGAA